CCGGCGCCAACUUGCUCAGCUUGCUUCUCCUCUUUAUAGCUAGCCGGCCCCUCGUCAUCUAGUUAUCGCCAUUUCAUCAUCGACAUCACCACUUAACAAAGGGCUCCGGACCAAGUUGGAGGAUUCGUGCAAAACAUAACAACAAAUUGGCCCUCGCCAAGAUCCUAUCGAGAUCUACAAACAGCAAACCCUCCGCCUCGUCGCUGGAAAUUUAAAAGCUGUUGGCCGAAUCCCAACGCCGCUCGCCCAAGAUGGACGUCACCAACUUCACCACCUCGAAUGCUCCCACAAACACAGUUACCAUCACCGCAACUACCACAGACUCGUUCACUCCACCUUCAACCUUCACUCUCUUCCGUCAGAGGUGUCGACGAAGAGUAAAAAGUCACCUUCACACUGCAAACAGCAUCUACAUUUACGGCUACAUCCCCCUCGUUCACACGGUCGUCUUCUUUCUCGAGAUGGCCAUUGUCGCACAGCUAGUCCGCCGCUAUGAGCAGUAUUUCGACAAGCGCCCGGUGGUGACCAUGAUGAUUACUAACUCGGUUCUCAACGGCAUCGCCGACACCGUCGCGCAGUCUGUGACUGCCAUCCGUCGCAACGCAGCCUUCGACCCGACCCGCGGCGACAUCGAGCUCGACGUCAAGCUCGACCAGAAGCUCCCGCACUACGGAGACGAGCUCGUGCCGACCCACAGCAGCACGCACAUGCUGCCGCCCCCGUUCGAUUUCGGCCGCCUGGUCCGCUUCGCCAGCUGGGGCUUCAUCAUCGCGCCGUUCCAGUUCCGCUGGCUCCGUCUACUACAGAAGACCUUCCCUAUCACCGCCACGUCUGCGACUUUGCCAGCUCUCAAGCGCAUGGCGUGCGAUCAGAUCUUCUUUGCCCCGCUGGGACUUGUCGGCUUCUUUAGUUACAUGACGUAUGCCGAGGGCGGUGAUACGCAGGCGGUCAAGAAGAGGCUCGGAAAUGUAUUUGUGCCUACGAUAAAGGCGAACUACAUGCUCUGGCCCGCGGUGCAGCUGCUUAACUUUAGGGUUAUGCCGCUGCAAUACCAGUUGCCGUUCGCCAGUACGGUGGGCAUUGCUUGGGGUACGUACCUGAGCUUGACGAACUCGAGCGCCGAGCCUUAGAUAGAGUGGGUCACCAUACACGAUACAUGAUACACAUGUCUUUUUGAUUCUGUUCUGCUUGCUUGCUUGGGCUGGGAUUUCAUAGCGAAGGUCGACAUUGGCUCUUUUUUCUUCUGCUGAAUCUGUGUUUUUUUAAUAAUGAUACACCGGUGUUUCUUCUACUGAAUCUGUGUUUUCUUGAUAACGAUACACUGGUGUUUCUUCUGCUGAAUCUGCGUUUUCUUGACCAUACACUGGCGUUGCUUUGCUAGAACGAAUGUGGUUCCGGGGUCUUCAAACUCGGUACAAGUCACCUCG